AAUAUUGAAUCGGCGGAAUAUAAUCAAUCGCAGUUAAUUCUCUUGUAUCACGCAAAGAAGUGCUCUUGGCCAUUUAAAGUUGGCGCGUCACGGAAUGAGCGGCGAGCGUCGAUACGGAAGCAGCGACGCUGGCGGUGCGCAGCGGCGGCGCACUGUACUAACGACGAGUUCUACGGCGUCCUCCGAUUUUAUUCACGGAAAGUGUAUCGCCAUAUUGCUUCCGUGAAUUAUGUGAAAUAUUUGUGCAUUUCUCUUCAAUUAUGACUGUAAUAUCGAAAUCAAGUGAACAAAUACAAUCCACAUUACAAGUGUAACUGGAAGAAUAUACAUUUAAGUGUCUCGGUCGUGCACAUAACGCGAAAAAGUGUAGCGUCGGGCAAAUGUCUUAUGAGAAGAUGGAAGUGGUGAACCCGGCCGAGAAGGAGGCGAGUGAAGUUCUGCACUCCCUCUUGUCGGUCGAGCGUCGAAGUGUGGACAGCAAGGAGACAAUCAUAGUGACCAUACCGUCGGACCAGAACGGCGGCGGCGAAUAUGGGGAGAGUGCCCAGUGGCACACCCCUGUGAUGGGGCAGCACUCUGUAUUUGAACUGGGUGCUGCUCAGAAUAUGCAGCAGCAUAACUAUAAUGGACAUCAGGAACAGGUUCUUUGGCAAGGUCAUACAAUCCAAGUAGAGAAUGGCGAUGCCAACAUUCAAGCCAUGCAAGGGACAUAUGGUAUUGAGUUUGAGACCAAUGUUGAAACUGCAGACUUGGAUGUUGAAACUAAGCCAAAUGUGGGAAAGAAAGCUGGUGUUAAAAGAAAGAAAAAAGCAGAGUCUGAUAGUGAUGAGGAGGUCCUGGAUAAUAAACUGGAGGAUAAUCCAGCUCAGGUAAAUGAGAGGCUCAAAAGAGGUUGUGAUUGCAAAGACAAUUGUUAUCGAGGACUCAAUCCAGAGGCAGUGUAUCGCCAUCGGCUGAAUAUCGCAGAACUGACCAAAAGUGAACAUGACAUGUAUUUGAUGGGUAUCACCAUGGCUAGUUUGGCCAACCCUGCUGAGACAUCACGGCAUAAGGUCAGGAGGAGAUUGAGAGCUUGCUACGUUUACCAAGGGAGAAAGGUUUGUUUAGAAGCUUUCUUGUACCUAGAAAAUGUGACACAUUAUCAGCUCAAGAGAAUCCGGCAGCAUGUUAUGACACACGGCGUCGCGCCGAGGAUACACGGCAAUGUUGGUAAGAAACCGUACAACACCUUCACACUAGACAUCUACAAACAUGCUACCAAUUUCCUAAAGGAGUACCUCAAACAGCACGCAAGCUCGCCGAAAGAUGUCCAACCUUCUGGAGAAGGUAAAAAGGCCAGCAAAACUGUCAUCAUUCAAGGGGACUCGAGAAAGCACUUAUUCGAAGCCUACAAAGAAUACGGGGAAAUCUUGGAGCCUGGAGUAAAACUUAUGGGGUAUUCCACCUUCCGAGCUUUCAUGAAAGACCAGUUCCCUCACGUGAAGUUCGCGACUAAGAAACAGGAAUUACCAAAAGACAUGGUGCCAUUCCGUAGCGGCAAGUGCAUGACGUACGACAAGAAUAAGGAUCCGAUUAGGAUACAGCAGGAAAAGGAGAAGGCUGACGCGAAAAAGGCAGCAAUGGAGCAGAAGAAGAAAGAGGAGCACGAACGGGAGCAACAAGCUCAGCAGCAGGCACAGCAGCAGCAGCAAGUGCAACAACAGCAGCAGCAACAACAACAGCAACAACAGCAGCAACAGCAGCAGCAACAGGUACAAGUGCAGGUUCAACAGCAUCAGCAGAUGCAGAACCAGCCCCACGUGGUCAUACACCAGCAACAAUCGCAGCAGCAACAGCAGAUGCAGCAGCAAAUGCAGCUGGUGCCGCAAGUGAGUCAGCACCAGCAAGUGCUGACGCAGCAAGUUGGUGGGGUACAGCAGGUUUCCCAACAACAUUUGCAACCGCUAGGGGUCUCCGAAGAUAACGGUCAACCAGUAGAAAUGGCGCAGCAAGUCAUACCCUUGGCGGUAGUACAACAACCGCAACAGGCUUACCUCGUCACACCUGUCUCGCACUUUCAGACAAGGGUCCAAGGCGCCUGGUACAGACAUUGACAAGAUACCACAUCCUCAGAAGAUUUUUCUAAAUGUGUGGAACAGAGAGUGGGCAUAAUUUCAGAUGAAUGCCAGUUAUUGAGUGUCAAGUUUUCAAGUUAAAACUCUACAUUGGCAUUGACGUGAAUCUGGUACUAGAGUUUUUAAGUUAAAAACUUAACACUUGUGGUGCGUUAAUUUGUCAUCAUUGUAUGGAGUUGUCAAUUUCGUAAAGACCUUCCAUGCAAAGCGAAAGAUUUAUACUUUGAUGUUAUGUUGCUCAUUUGGAAACUUCAUCAUAGUAUAGGAAUACAGUCAGUGGUAUAUUAUCAAAUAUAAUAAUAUUAUGUUCUUACGGCUGAAAUUAUCUAAUAAUAAUUUAAUCCUAUUCUGUAAUCUGUUGAUAGGUUCCUUAGCACCAGUCGGAAAGGGCGUGGGUUUGAAUCCCACCAGGUCACCAUAUUGUGUCAAUAAAAGGCGUGUAGGAUGACAACUAACUUUUAUUGCUAAAUACCCACAACAGCAACGUCGUUAUUUAUCAAAGCUUUCAGAAUGCUUUCAGACAAUUAACAACGUUGCUAAGCAACUUAUUGACAAAUUAUGGAUCGGAUGGAUUUCGGCCGCUAGGCAACUCCACACAAAUUGACAGAUUUGUGCCAACCACAAUGAGGAGUUUGUGUAACUAUUUACACACAAGAGUCUUGUCUUGACUGAACUAUUGAAAUGAAGUUUCCACUGUUAACGUAAUUCAGUAAUGAGUAUGUUAAUUUAUGUAAGGCCAUUUGUAACUUUGGCAAUAAGUUAGCAAAGAUACUUAGGUUUACUUUACACCUUUUCAGUAUUGGGUUUAGUAACUGAUUUGUAAGGGUAGGGCCAAAUCUGGUGGAAAUUCGGCGCUUGGAAUAUUGCGAGCGGAAUUUCGCUUUAACCACUACCUGUGUCUGUCACAUUAGUAAAUGAGUGCAGUUACACUAAGUGAAAACUGACAAAAUGGGUGUGGCCAUCAAUUCUAAAUGACUAAUAUUCAAAAUAUUUUAUUCAAUUAGACUUUUACAAGUCGUUAUGAGCGAGAUAAUGAAGAAUAAAGUGCAAUUUUUCUUUGAAGUUUUUGUCAGAAUCGCAAAUGAGCGAUGUCUUAUAUCUUGCUCAAUUGUAUGCAUCAAAACUCAUAAAUAAUAAUUUAGUUACAUUUUAAAAGCUAAAUAAAUCAUUAGUACCGUAGCGUGUACCCUUUAAUUCACUAAAAGCACAAGCUUUUAAUGAAUUAAAGGGCAACCACGCGCAAAUUCAAACUCCUAACUUCAAUGAUACUUUGCGUAUUGAAGUGAUAUAAAAGUGUAAUAUAUAAUAAUUAAUGUGCUCUAAGCACUGGUAUUAGACAUAUUUCAAUGUAAUAUUUACUCAGUUAUGGCCGUCAAUAGAGCGAAAUUUCACGCGCAUUUUUGUCCUCGCGAAAUACGACUAGAUUUGACCCUAGCCUAUAUAACAACAACUAUACUUUGUAAGUAUACAA